AUGCCUGACCGGGGAACACUACGCGGCGCCGUAGAUUUUAAAGAGCUGGAUUCUGCCUCCGAUAUCGACAAUGCACCCAAGGUUGGGUCCUCCGCAGAGUCGGACUACCUGGACAACUCUGGAGCAAGAAAACGACGACGAACAACACCUGUAGACGGUGACGCCGACUCACUAAACCCUGGCCCAAGCGAGGAUGAAGACGACAGCGGGGAUGACGAGCGGCGUCUCCAGACACUUCUCUCAACCAUCAAGGCACCGUCCCGAAUAAGGCGAGCAACAGAUCACAUCCAAGUUGAACGUGACGCCAGGAUCCAACCGCAGAAUCCAAUUCUGGCACCAACCGACCCGAACACAAGCUUCUCAAGCCUCCAAGUUCGACCAUGGCUCGUACAGUCACUUGCAAAUAUGGCUAUCAACCGGCCUACGGGUAUUCAGAAGGGCUGUAUACCUGAAAUUCUCAAGGGCCGAGAUUGCAUUGGUGGCAGCAGAACCGGCUCCGGAAAGACAGUCGCCUUUGCCGUUCCCAUAUUGCAAAAAUGGGCAGAGGAUCCCAGCGCUGUAUUUGGAGUCAUUUUGACGCCUACACGAGAACUGGCACUCCAGAUAUAUGAGCAGUUCAAGGCCAUUUCGUCUCCGCAGAGUUUGAAAGCUAUCCUAGUCACUGGUGGCUCCGACAUGCGACCUCAAGCCAUCGCCAUGGCGCGGCGACCACACCUCAUUAUCGCUACCCCUGGGCGAUUGGCGGAUCAUAUUCGAAGCUCUGGAGAGGACACCAUAUGUGGGUUGCGGCGAGUCCGUUUCGUUGUCCUCGACGAGGCUGAUCGGCUGCUUCAUGCAACUGGGCCCGGUAGCAUGCUGCCUGAUGUUGAGCAAUGCUUGUCGGUUUUGCCCCCUGCGGCGGAGCGGCAAACACUCUUGUUCACGGCAACGAUUACACCCGAAGUGAGAGCACUCAAGAAAAUGCCGCAGAAACCAGGGAAACAACCCGUCUUCGUGUGCGAGGUCGAUACCCAGAUGCUUGCUAUUCCGACAACCCUGCAUCAGACCCAUAUUCAGAUCCCCAUCACUCACAAGGAGCAUUAUCUGCAUGUUUUCCUCCUCACCGAAGGAAAUAAGAACAAGACCAUCAUCAUUUUCUGCAACAGAACGUCUACUGCAGAAUACCUGCACCAUCUUCUUCGACUUCUCGACCAUCGCGUCACGUCGUUGCACUCCAAACUUGCCCAACGGCAACGAAUUGACAACCUCGCCCGGUUCCGUGCGUCUGCAGCCCGCAUUCUGGUAGCGACAGAUGUUGCUGCACGAGGCCUGGAUAUCCCUGAAGUGAGCCUCGUUGUCAACUACGAUAUCCCCAGGGACCCGGGCGACUACAUCCACAGAGUCGGUCGUACUGCUCGUGCUGGACGCAAGGGCGAGUCCGCGACGUUUGUCGGACAACGAGAUGUCGAGCUUGUAUUGGCCAUUGAGAAGCGAGUAGGCAGACAGAUGGAUGCUUGGGGGGAAGAGGGUGUGAACUUGGAAACCAGAGUUAUUCGUGAUGCGCUAAAGGUCGUGAGUGAGAAGAAGAGAGAGGCCCUGCUGGAGGUCGAAGAGGGCAGAGAGGUUGGCGGCAAGCGAAAGAGAGCGAAGAUGAAGCUCCGAGCUGAGUAG